CAUUUGAGUUGACAUGUGGGAUUGACUAGUUGCGUCACUCGUCUGGAGAACGUUGAUCCUUACGCGUGGCGGUGGAAGUGUAAUGUACAUUUCGUCGGCUUGUCAAAUAUUGAAGGGAGGGUGUGUUCGUCAUUUACCUGGGCUAACAUUAUUGUUUCUUGAAACUACUUUACUAAAGAAGAGGACAUAGAUACAGCUGUAAAUUAUUAUUUAUUGUAUUAACGCUGGCUACUAUUCUGGAGAAAGCAGAGUCCGGAUUAAAGGAUGCUAAGAAGGCUCUGAGUCGGGGCUCCAAGAUGAGUGUGACGUCAUGGUUCCUGGUCAGCAGCUCAGGCACAAGACACCGGUUGCCACCGGAGAUGAUCUUUGUGGGCCGUGAGGAGUGCGAACUCAUGCUGCAGUCUCGCAGUGUGGACAAGCAGCAUGCUGUCGUCAACUACGACCCAGCCACAGACGAGCACAUGGUGAAGGACCUGGGCAGCCUGAACGGGACUUUUGUGAAUGAUCUGAGAAUCCCAGACCAGACUUACAUCACCCUGAAGCUCGCUGAUGUCAUCCGCUUUGGAUAUGAUUCUCAUGUGUACAUCCUGGAGAGGAGUCAACACAAGGUGCCAGAGGAGGCUCUCAAACAUGAGAAGUACACCAGCCAGCUGCAGAUGAGUAUGAAGGCCCUGGAAGCCAGGAAGAGGGAAAAAGAGAGGCAGCAUGCUGAGGAGAGAACCAGAGACUCAUUUCGCUCCAAACAGGAGAAAGCCGAGGGUAAAGCUGCCCUCGCAGCAGUGGCCAGCGAGGCUCCAGUGUCCAGACCCACUCCUCUGUAUGGGCAGCCGUCGUGGUGGGGGGAGGAUGAUGCUGAACACGGUGAAGGACAGCAGCCAGACGAGGACCCUGCAGAGAAUACUAACGAGAGAUACAGACAGGAGGUCAACGGCUCCCUGUCAGACAGCCAGGCCAGGCCCAUCUACUCUCACCACAGGGAGCCCAGCUACUUUGAGAUCCCCACCAAGGAGUUCCAGCAGCGGGAGCUCCAGGAGGUUCCCACUAAGGACACUGACCCCCCUGCUGUCCCUGUUCUCCCCCCAGCCCCCACCCCCACACCCCCUGUGGUGCAGAGCCACGCCUCCUUCACCAUCGAGUUUGAUGAAUGCAUGCCGGGUAAAAUCAAGAUCAAAGACCAUGUGACCAAGUUCUCCUUCCGCCAGCAACGCAAGCUCCUGAGUAAGGAGGCGGUCACCGCACCCACGGAGGUGAUGUCAGCAGAGAGCAAGGUGGCUGAUUGGCUGGACCAAAGCGAUGUGCGCUUGAUGCAGAGGUGGUCUCGGACAGAGGACAUUUUCAACACCAACAGUGACCUGCCCAUCUACAACGAGGCUUCCAUAGGCCAUCACCAUGAGGAUGGGACUCGGGGCAGCUCUGAGGAUUCUGUUGUGAACGGGAAGCAGGUUAUCCAGUCAGAGCCCCCUAGACCCCUCACACCCCCUGACUCAGAGGACCUUCUGUCCAGCUCCCCUCCAGAGACUCAGUCCCCUCCUCAGAGCCAGGGCAAAGAAGACCCCCAGCAGGCCUUCGUCAUCGAGUUCUUUGAUGACAAUCCACGCAAGAAGCGUUCACAGACCUUCACCAACAACACAGUCCAGCCCGACAGCCCGGCCCUUAGGAACAAGCUGGAGAAGAAGUUGAGCCCCAGCUCCCCCACCCAGCAGUAUACCAUACCCCUGAAGGGCCCGGGCUCUGGAGGCCCCCAGAGGGCCGGCUCCCUAAGGCGGGAGAAGACAGAGGAUCGGAUCAAUACUAGCUUCUCUUCCCAAUCCUCCUCCAUACAGCCCAGGCCCUUUAGAAGUGUGGGCCGGAGGUCUAAACUGGCCCAGGACUUCACUGCUGAGUUCCUGAGGGAGUCCAGACAGGAGACUAGACCGAGCAUGAACACAACCUGGGAGAGGAAGACUUCACCUGUGUCUCCUACCAUCAGCCCACCACCAACAGAAAUGGCAGCAGUGCCCAACUCCCACCAUACCCCACCAAGCCCCCCUCAGCCCCCUGUCCCAUAUCUGACUCAGACCUCCACCGUCAACCAGCCUGUGUCCCUGAAAGCCCCUCUAAUAUCCCUGGUCAACCACACCCUGGAGGCCGCACAGAGCCUGGAGGCCGCACGGAUCCUGGAGGUUAGAAGCCCCAGAAGCUUGGGGAAUGAGGAGGACGAUGCCUUGAGUGAAGCAGGCACCUACACCAUCGAGACAGAGGUCCAGGAUGAAGAGGUGGUGGAGGCACGCAGCAAGAUAGACCAGGUGUUUGGGGUUGUUGAGGGGCCAGAGCAGCCCAGCCACUCUGCAGCAGCAGCAUAUAAGCCUGUUAAGGCUCAGGACAGGGAGGAGCGUAGGGAGAGUAGCUCUGUGGAUCUAAGGCCAGCUCCAGCACAGGGACAGAAUCAGCUGCAGGUGUCUGGUGGUUCUAAGUGGGUGUCUCGCUGGGCCAGCCUGGCAGACAGCUACACAGACUCUGGCCCCUCCUCAGGCCUCUUCGACAUCCCCUCACAGAUUGAGCUGUCAGGAGGAGUUGGUGGGAGGACCGGCUAUCAGGCGAUGCUCAGUCGCAACGUCAGAAGUGUGGAAUCAGAAGGCCAGAGUUCCAGAACACGGCGGAUUCUGCCUCAGGCACCGUUGGUGGAGAAGAAUGAGACUCCAACUCCCAGCAUUCUUGUCCAUCAGGACACUUACUCUACCUAUGAUGUCAGAGAGAAGAGCACCAGAGCCCUCUGUCCACAGGAGGGACUCCACAACCUGUCUGUACAGGAUGACCUAGACCCAGACAGCCUGAGUGAUGCCAGUAAGUCAGACAAUGGCUCCAUCGUAGAACAGAGGACGACGCCCACACCAGAUAUGAUAGACAAGAGUUCAUCUCCGAGCAGAGAAGAGGAGAGGCCCAGACUCACACCCAAGUCUACAUCAUUCUACAUCGACUCUGAGGAGCGGGGAUCCAGACCCAAUACGCCCAGGACUGAGAGAAAACUACCACCUCCUCCUAAUACACCACAGUUCUCCACAGCCACCCUGACCAAACAACGGGGUGGACAGGACUCACAGAAGACUGAGAAGCCCAACUCGUCAGCUCCCAAGCUGGACUACCAGGGUAGAGUCAGCCCUCAGCCCAAGGAGAUCUCAGUGUCUCUGGUCAGGCAGGAGAGCUUCACUAAGGACCAGCCAGGUGAUGCUGCACAGGUCACCAGACUCCCGCAGAUCUCCAGCCAGCCUGCUCAGAAUGACCCAGACCCUGCUGAGGUGUUCCAGGGUAUCUGCAGCCAGGACACCCACUCCUACCUCAAGGAGACUGAGGACGCUCUGGCUGCCCUGGAGGCCAAGCUCCAGGCCCAGACUGAUGUAGUUCCCUGCCCCAUAGAUGACACUCUGUCUGGGGAGUCUGACAUGGACUCAGCCAGCACUGCCAGCCAGCGCAGCAACCAGACUACACCCAAGACCAGAUCUAAGAAGCCCUCUAUCACCUGUGGCCUUCAGAGGGAGAGGUCCUCUGCCAGCUCCUUCACCCAGGAGCCCAGUCGCCAGCCGUCAGCCCAUAAUCGCCUGUCAGAAAAGCAGCGGUCUCAGGGAGAAGAUAGCAGAGAUAGUAAGCCUGAACCAGGCAGGAGGCUGGGGAUGAGACGCAGUGUGAGCAAACAUGGCUCCAUGGACCUUAGCGAUGACCCCCAGGGCUCCAGCUUACCCUACUGGCCUGAUACCAUUUCCUCAGACCAGGAGGGCUACCGGCCCACUGCACGCAAGAAGUACACCACCCCCCUGCAGAAGGAGGAGUCUUCUAAGUCCUCCAAAGUGUCCCAGGCCCUGAGCCGCUCCAACAGCAUGUAUGCCCCAAGGCCUACUAGAGCCUCCAUGCUUCGUCGGGCUCGCCUGGGCGAGGCGUCCGACAACGAGGGCACAGAGACGGACAGGAUCUCCCAGGAGGCCAGUGGGACCACCAAGGCCUCCCAGGACAGUAAGAAGCAGCUCUCCAGGCUGGACAUGCUGGCUCUGCCCCGGAAGAGGACCAGCUCCUUCACCACUCCCAGUGAUACAGAGUCCUCCGCACCCAGGACAGGCUUCUCCAACCGCAGCACAGAGUCCAACAGCGGCUCUGGGCGCAAGGCCUCCGUCGCCAGACCCAGCUCUAAGCCUGUGCUAGGCAGGGCCUCUGGAGCUCCCUGCAAGCCCAUCACCCGCGGCCGCUCCAGCAGCGCCAAAUACACCAGCAGCACAGCCAGCUCCAGACGACGGCAGAAAGGCUCUGACUAUACCUCCACCUCGGAGGAGGAGUAUGACUCUGGUAACCAGAUCACCCCUAAACACAAACGCUCCCAGACCCCCUCAGCCUCCCGCUCCCAGCCCCUCAUCCCCCCGCGCCCCAAAGCCCGCUCAAGAGACUCGGACCAGGAGAGUCACGAGGGAGACGCCUACCAGAACUGGUCCUCCCACAGUGCUGAGAUAGCAAAACUGAGUCAGGACCUGGCUAAAGAUCUGGCCAUCCUGGCCAGGGAGAUCCAUGACGUGGCUGGUGAUACUGAUCCUCAGAGCUCUUCUGGAGUGGAGGCCAACACACCUGCCUCUACCAUGACCACCCAAGACGAGUUGGUCCAUCCUAUUCCUGAGGCUGGUGUGAACUACCAGAGAGCUCCCCCUGGUUCACCUGCUGCCGGGGACCCCGACCAGACCAUGAUGAAUGAGCAGGAACACAACUCUAAGCACAGAGGAUGGAACCAGGAAGAGGUUGUUGUUGAUGACCUUAUGCUGAAUCCAGUGUCCCAGAUCUCUCUGGCUAUUCGAGAAAACACAGAGCAACUAGCUGAGAAAAUAAAGGUACUAUUCCACAACAAACAGGACAUUUGGGAGGAGAUUGAAGCAAAGAUCAAUGCUGAAAAUGACAUCCCUGUCCUGAAAGGCUCAAACAAGGAAAUCACAUCUAUUCUCAAAGAGCUCAGAAGAGUUCAGAGACAACUUGAAGUCAUCAACACCAUCAUUGAACCCAGUGGGAACCUUGAGCCAGCCAAAACCUCCACUCCUAUCUCCCCCUCCUCAGCCAGUGUAAGGCCAUCCAGGGCCCCUUCGAGAGACUGGAGAUCAUUAGGUUCCCAACAGGGUGAGGGUGGGGUCUCCUCUUCCAGCUCCAGGUCCAGUGAGAGUGUCAGGAGAUCAGCUAUGGCCUCAGAGGCAGAGAGCUAUGUGGUCUGAGGUUCUGGAACACAGUGCCUCCUCUUCACUGCUGCGCCACAAUCCCAGGUGUUGAGAGAGUGGAUUUGAGAGGGGGAAAUGGGUACUGCUAGAGACAACUGUGGCCCCACUGCACGAUGACACUACUGCACUGUGUGUACACUACUAGAGAACUGAAAUGCGUAUUGAACUGCCAUGGUGUGAGAAGGAGAUUGUAGAAGACACACUAAAUUCAUGCAUUGGUUAGUUCAGCUGAGGGAAAACCCCUUUAAGGCAAGGCCAUUAUUGUGCCAUAUACAGUGCAUUUGUAAAGUAUUCAGACCCCUUGACUUUUUCCACAUUUUCUUACCUUCCAGCCUUAUUCUAAAAUGUAUUACAAAGUUUUCCCCCCUCAUAAAUUUACACACAAUACCUCAUAAUAACAAAGCAAAAACAGGUUUUUAGAAAUGUUUGCAAAUGUAUUAAAAAUGAAGAACGGAAAUAUCAUAUUUACAUAAAUAUUCAGACCCUUUACUCAGUACAUUGUUGAAGCACCUUUGGCAGCGAUUACAGCCUAGAGUUUUCUUGGGUAUGACGCUACAAUCUUGGCACAAUUGUAUUGUUCAUCAUUCCCUCAAUCUGGACUAGUCUCCCAGUCCCUGCUGCUGAAAAACAUCCCCACAGCAUGAUGCUGCCACCACCAUGAUUCACCGUAGGGAUGGUGCCAGGCUUCCUAUUUGCAUUCAGGCCAAAUAGUUAAAUCUUGGUUUCAUCAGACCAGAGAAUCUUGUUUCUCAUGGCCUGAGAUUCUUUAGGUGCUUUUUCGCUAACUCCAAGCAGGCUUCAUGGGCCUUUUACUGAUAAGUGGCUUCUGUCUGGCCACUACCAUAAAGGUCUGAUUGGUGGAGUGCUGCAAAGAUGGUUGUCUUUCUGGAAGAUUCUCCCAUCUCCACAGAGGAACUCUGGAGCUCUGUCAGAGUGAUCCUGAGGUUCUUGGUCACCUCCCUGAACAAGGCCCUUCUCCCCCGAUUGCUCAGUCUGGCCGGGCGGCUUAGUAGUUCCAAACUUCUUCCAUUUAAUAAUUAUGGAGGCCACUGUGUUCUUGGGAACCUUCAAUGCUGCAGAAAUGUUUCGGUACCCUUACCCAGAUCUGUGCCUCGAUACAAUCGUGUCUCUGAGUUCUACAGACAAUUUCUUCGACCUCAUGGCUUGUUUUUUUGCUCAGAAAUGCACUGUCAACUGUGGGACCUUGUAUAGACAGGUGUGUACCUUUCCAAAUCAUGUCCAAUCAAUUGAAAUUACCACAGGUGGACUCCAAUCAAUUUGUAGAAACAUCUCAAGGAUGUAAACAGGAUGCACCUGAGCUCAAUUUCGAGUCUCAUAGCAAAGGGUCUGAAUAAUUAUGUAUAUAAGGUGUUUCUGUUUAUUUCUUUUAUACAUUUGCACAAAAGUCCCCCAAAAAGUUUUCGCUUUGUCAUUAUGGGUUAUUGUGUGCAGAUUGAUGAGGAGAAAAAAUAUGAUUUAGUACAUUUUAGAAUAAGGCUGUAACGUAACAAUGUGGAAAAAGUCAAGGGUUCUGAAUACUUAUCUCAGUUGAUCUCACUUUCACAAAAGCAUACUUGAUUAUAUGCAUUUUAUUGACAUGUUUUGGUGAUUUCCAUUAAUUGGGAAAGUGUUGCUGCAAUGAACUUAGAGCACAGUAUAUUUAAAAUCCACUUGAGUAUGUUUUAUUUAAUUAAGUAUCUCUUACUAAUGCAAUUAAAUAGGAUUUUGACUUUGAUUGAUGAAAUGUAUGAAUAAGUAGAAAGGCGUUCUCCAGGAUCCCUUGAUAAACCAGUGACUGGGUUUAUCAGACUUCCCCACUGUAUUUUCUUUUUCUAUUGACCACUUUUUAUCUCUAUGGACCAGACUUGAAGAAUGUAUAUCAAGUAUUUAAUUGUAAUGAUUUAUAUAGUAUUAAAGAGUUUAUAAGUUGGCACUUGGACACUUGCUUUGAGCUAAGAGAAGAAUGUUAUUUUUCUGGUCUUUUAAAAGAGGCUGAAGCAUUUUAGAGAUGAAAUGUAAGAAUGGGUCUAGGAGUCACUGUUUCACAAGGUAUCUCACGUUGCCAGUAGAAACAUGUCAUGAUCAGAUGUGUUUUGUGCCUUAUUCUUUAGAGUCAAAAGUAGCAAUUAGGUCUGCCUCAUGUCUGAUAUUAGAAGUUUUCUUGUUCUCAGAACUGAACAUCUGGGUGGAAUGUACUGUAUGGUUGGGUGGGCAGGGCAGUGGGGCUUAGUGGUGCGGUAGAACAUCUAGGUUUAAUCACCUGACAACAGCCAACUGUCUGGAGUGAAUAGUUGCAUAGCUCAGCCCAGAGAUUUUAAGCUUUAACACCGAAUAAAACACAGGACUCAUUCAGGACUUCUACCAGCAAGCGCCAUUUGGAAAAUGUGUGUUAGUAUUGCCGAUAGGUUUGAUUGUCAACCUGUCAGUUGAUUGCACAGCUGUCCAUAGUGUGGUCAGCGAUAUCGCAGCGCUGUCUACUUUCUGUUCCCUUCUUGAUUCCCCUUUCUCGGUUUAAAUUGUGAUCCGUGGCUUCAAUUUUGCUGAAGUUUACCGUUGAAACGUCUAGUAAAAGCUUUUGUGUGUGUCCUUUCAAACGAUAUAAACUAGUGACCCGCAGUGUUUGGCAUUAUACCCCGAUGAAGACUGCUUGGCUGUCGAAACAUUGGUUCUAAAAUGAUUGCAUCAGAGCUCCUAGAGUGUGCGGCUCUCCUUUUAUUUUUUUACAGUAAAGUGAACACUUUACGGACUCAAAUGCUCUCUGACAGUUUUGCUUUCUGGAUAUAUUUCCUCCAGUUUUAUUUCUGUACACUCCUUCAUUAAGCACACCACACUACCUGGUCUCCUGUGUUGUUGAUGCCAGUUUAUUAGGCCUAUUAAGUGAAGUGUCAAAAGCAAGAUGCACAUGCUGUUCAUUGUUUUGUUAUAAUCUAAUUAUAAUUGGGAGUGACAAUUAGCAGAAAUUCUGUGCAAUUAUAAAUUAAAUAAACAUGUCUUAUAAUGUAUGUACAUAUCUAAAAGUUUGAUCUGGAGAUGACCUCCAUUUAGUAUUUUGCACUAUUGUAAUACCAUUGGGACCCUUCAACCUAAUAUGCUGAGAAGCUACACUUUAAGCCCCCUUUUUUACUAAUGGGGUUGCGUUCAUUCUUUUAAUGAUUGUAUAAAUGCUCUCCUGUCCAGAAUGAGAGGAGGCUGAAAGUUCAAUGAAAUGAAAGGACUGCAGUCCACCACAAGUGCUUUCCUCUUUUCUAACCAGUUUGUGUAGCUGUCCAUGAAGUAGUAACCGCAAUUUCCCUCAGUGCCACAAAGCCUUUUGGGAUAUAUUGUUUCAUACCACAAAGUACAGUACUUGUAUGAGCUCAGUUAAAUCUGUCUCUUUGAGCUUUUGAUUGCUAUGGCUCUGUGCUAUUCAUUGCAGUUCUUCAUCAAAAUUAGAAAUACCUUGGUGUAAGUCAUGAGUCCCAUUUUGUUAAACCUGUUCGUAUCCCUUCAAUGUCAUCACCAUGGUUUGGUUUUUUGGUUGUUUGGCUCUUGCACCCUAAACAAAAAAGUUUCCACUUUAUUUUUUAUUGAUGUUUUCCAGAAUGAAUCUAUUGAAAAAGUUAUCAUUUUGUGCAUAAUUUAGAAAAUGGGAUUCCAUUUUUUGUAAUAAACUGAUUUGUAAUCAAUUA